AUGUUUUUCACCUGGACUUUGCUGGCCCUGCUUUUUACGUUGAUUUUACUAUAUGGAAUAUGGCCAUAUCGGUUCUUCAAAAAGCUGGGGAUACCUGGACCUCGCCCCCUGCCUUUUAUUGGAACGAUGCUGGGCAUGAGGAAGGGAUUUCUUGCUUUUGACAGAGAGUGCCAUGCCAAGUAUGGGGACAUCUGGGGGUUGUACGAUGGACAUACGCCGGUGUUAAUGGUGACCGACCCUGAGAUUGUUAAAACUGUGAUGGUAAAAGAGUGCUACUCUUUAUUUACCAACCGCAGGGACGGUAGCUCUCGAGGACCGGGAUUGGGCACCCCUGCUCUGGAUGAUGCAGUGGCAGCAGUGAAAGACAAACGGUGGAAACGGAUUCGCAACACUCUGUCUCCAUGCUUCACCAGUGGAAGACUGAAACAGAUUUUCCCCCUCGUUGCUCGCUAUGCAGAACGACUUGUUGCAAAACUUGAGGAAACGAAUUUGGAUGAACCCAUCAAUGUCAAACAGUUUGUAGCUCCUUACAGUUUGGACACUGUGACCAGUGCUUCUUUCAGUGUGAAGACAGACUCCAUAAACAAUCCAAACGACCCUAUUAAUGUUCAAAUUAUGAAGGUCCUUAAAGUCAACACUGGGUUUUCUUUUUUUACUCUUCUUUCAGUGGCAUUUCCCCUCAGUCGUCGUCUGUUAAAGCAGCUCAAAAUUGAGAUCAUGCCCGAAGAAAACAUAAACUUUUUCCUCAACAUUAUCAAGCGAUUUAAAGAUGAGCAUCAUGAAGCCAAAUUUACACGACCAGACUUCCUGCAUGUGUUGAUUCAAAGUGAGAUCCCAGAAAAGAACUAUAAGAACAAUGAAGAACAGCCAAGUAAAGGUAUGUUUUUAUCGGAGAAGAAACCAAGCCCAACUGCCAGGAGGGAGGGAAAGGGAAAGACUCAGAGGAAGCUCAUCUAUGUAGUAAAGAAGGACACGCAGAGCGUUAGUGUGACAGAGGAAGAUGCUAGCGACAGUGCGCCCAUUUUAUACGAGGAGCUGACCAGUCUAAAGUACCUGGACCAAGUUAUACUUGAAUCAAUGCGACUGUUUCCCGUUGCCCCUCGCCUCGACAGGGUGUGCAAAAAAACUGUCAAAGUGAAUGGACUCACCAUCCCCGAAGGAACCACAAUUGGAAUUCCUGCGUGGGUGUUGCACAAAGACCCACGCUACUGGAACUCACCUGAGCUUUUCAGACCAGAGAGGUUCAGUAAAGACAGCGGGGAGGAGGUGAACCCAUACACGUACAUGCCAUUUGGACUCGGCCCUCGUAACUGCGUUGGGAGGCACUACAGCCUACUCACCACGAAGAUGGUUAUUGUCCGUCUCUUGCAGAAGUACACUUUGGAAACAUGCAAAGAGACAAUGAUUCCACUUCAGUUUGACUGGAAGUUUCAGCCAGUAAAACUCAAGUUUGUUCUCAGAAAAGAGUAAUCUAAGAGGGAACGUCUCCAAAUCCCAUCAAACAUGUUUUUAUAUCUGCUGCCAAGAUAAAUUCACUGAGUUGAUAUUUUCAACUAUUUCAAAAUGUUAUUGAAUGAGAGCAGGUUAAACAUCUGAUUUUGCUGUGUUGAUCUCUUUUAAUUACUUUUAUUUAAAUUGUGUUGAAAAAUUGAUCUAUUUUGUGUCCAAAAGUUACACCAGUCUGUGUCUUAAAUGGACCUUACACUUUUGACUUUAGCGUUUAUAUAUUUUUAAAUUGUAAUUGCAUUUAUUAAAUCAUAAGGCUACUGCUUGUGCGAUACACCUCUCAUUGA